AUGGCAUCCUCAAAUGCCGCUACACCAGGCCCACCUCUUGCGGAGCAAUCUGGCAGCUCAGAUAUGCCUCUUGAUACCAUUGUUCUACAUGUACUUUCGCCCUCUGUUGAGGUCAGUGGUGGGAGAAUCACUUUUCCAAGCAUCCCUCUCGACACCAAAAUCUCACGCCUCAAAUCACGGAUUCAGCACUCAAUGAUCACGCCAGCUCCUCCGGAACGACAGAGGUUGAUCUACCGUGGUAGGCCACUAUUGGACAUGGAGACCACGCUUCGUCAAGUCUUACAAUCCCAGCUGAAUGCUUCCACCGAUGAGAGCCCAACCUACACUUUUCACCUGGUCAUCUCGCCUGCGCCCGGCUCAAUGCCCUCUGGAACCCCACCUACAUCUCAGAACCAUGUUUCCCAGCACAGGUCAACCGCCCCUCCAAGUUCACAACUCCCAUCUGCCGCUCCUCACCCACAACAUCACGAUCAUCACCACGGCCAUCAUCAUGCUCAUCACCAUGACCAUCACCACGAUCAUCAGCCACGUGGCCAUUUACCCGUACAUCCGGUCAUGGCACAAGCCCAUGCGGCGCAAGCUAUGCUGCAACAUCAGUUGAAUCAGCUUCAACAGCAGAUCGCAAUAACAAGUUUGAUGGCUCAAGGACAGGCUCAAGGCCAAGGGCAUAGACAUCCACAACAUCAGCCACCUCAAAUGCCUCCUUUGCCCCCAUCAGCUGGCAAUAUGCAAGCUUUCCAAGCUGCAAUCAUGCAACAGCAGCAAAUCAGGGCCCACGCAGGAAUGCAUGGCAUUCAUAAUCCAGCCGUAAAUGGAACGCCAUCGGGAUUGCCAUUUGGUCAAACCGCUUCCGCACCACUUGGACCAAUAACUACUAGAGUCCAUGAAAGCGUGGGACCAGAUGGUCAGAGAACGCGUGUUGUCGUGAAUGAGACGACCUUCCAGAUCUCCAGGCAGUCUACUCCGGUCCCAGCUGCCGAUCGUACUGACGCCUCUCAACAUGCUGAACGCCCAAGCCAUGCCUCCACCGCUUCUGGCCCACAGCCACUUCCAACUGGAUUACAUCAACACCGCAAUCAGCCUCUUCCAUUUCCUCCAUCAUUUCAUCAUGGUGAGCGACAAGAUCCUCUGUCUACCAUGUCAAGCUUCGUUCCUCAGCCACCCGUCUAUCAACCCCCUGUUCCCGAUUUCAACCGGCCCACUGCCUCUACUACCACUACCGCAUGGCUCCUUUCCAGCCCAAACGGCCCCCAAGCUCUUGUUUUCGCACCAGGCCACGGUCUCUUCACCAGUGCGCCACUCACCACUCAGCCAUCAACCCGGAUUACUCGUCCUCGAGAAGGUCUAAGAUUCCAACAAACCCCGAGCGGGCAUAUCCGACCACAAAACCCCGCCAACAUUCCCGCGCUCCCAGUGCUAGACCCCGCCGUUGCCAACGCCCAGCCCCAGCAAGCGCUCGAAGCCGUCGUUCGAGCCCGCAACGCCGCACGACAAGCUGCAGCCGGUGCGGACGGCAACGCCGAUGCCGACGCCAACAACGAAGCCCUCCGCACCAUCAUGAGUCGAGUCUGGACCUUCGUCAAGCUCUACUUUGUUAUCUUCAUGUUUACCGAACCAGGCACGUGGUUCCGAUGGGGCUGUAUCUUUGCCGCUGCGCUCGUUGCUAUUAUGCCUUCUACCACUGUUUUUAGAGGCUUUGCGGCGAGGCUACAGGAGCAGGUCGAUGGGCUUGUGCAGCCGCCUGCGAUACCCGUCCCAGCUAUGCCGCCUCCAGCGGUGCUUGGGAGGCGGCAAAAUGAAGCGCAACUACGAGAAGGAGGACCUGCCGCCGAGACCACGAGACCUGAGGAAGGCGUGAGGAGACAGGGCGAGCCUGAUCCAACUGCCACGGCCGCAAGGUUGGUUGAGGAACAUAGACAACGCCAGCCGAAUGAUAUGCUGUGGGAUUCUUUGCAGAGAGCGGAGAGAGCAAUAGGGCUGUUUGUUGCGAGUUUGAUUCCGGGAGUGGGGGAGCGGCAUGUUAGGGUUCGGGAGGAGGCAAGGAGGGAGGCUGAGCGGGUGGAGAGGGAGAGAAUUGAGAGGGAAAGGGUUGCUGCGGAGGAAGAGGAAGCAAGGAAGAACGAAGAGGAGGAGGGGAAGGAAAAGGAGGAGAAGGGGAAGGCAGAGGACAAAGCUGACGGAGAUGGUGGUGGAGAGAUAGGAGAGUGCUCCGGCGACGCCGAGAAGAAUGCCAAGAUGACCGAAGCGAGCUCUGCUGCAAUUGGAGGUGAAAGAAAAGGAAAGGAGAGAGCUGUAGAAGAGGAGCCUUCGAUCCAGGUCUGA